AUGGAGGUGAAGAGGAUUGGGACCAAACAGGUGCGCCGGCAGCCACAGCAGGUGAGAGUCCCUCCAGAACUUGUAGUGACGCUGCAAAAUGGCGACUUUAGUGUGCGGACUUUGAAGUUCGAGGCGACGUCAACUUCGUCUAUAAAUGAGAGAUGGCGCCGGCGUGCGGCGCGCCUCGCUAAGAUCGGGAGAUUUUUUUUCAAUCCUGGUACCGAAUGUCUUACAAUGAGUAAAGCCAGCGUCAUCGUCGCCGGAGUGUGCGGAGCACUGUUCGUGGCCUAUUGUGUCUACUUUGACCGGAAGCGGCGGAGUGACCCUCUGUUUAAGGAGAAGCUGCGGGAACGCAGGAGGAAGCAGAAGAAGAGCAGCGAGAAGCCUGGACCAGCAAAGCUGCCUGACCUGAAGGACGCUGGCGCUGUGGAGAAGUUCUUCCUGGAGGAGAUCCAGCAGGGAGAGGAGCUGCUGUCACGAGGGGACUUUGAGAGGGGCGUCGAUCACCUGACCAACGCCAUCGCUGUGUGUGGACAACCUCAGCAGCUCCUGCAGGUGCUGCAGCAGACGCUGCCCCCUCCAGUCUUCCAGAUGCUCCUGACCAAACUUCCCACCAUCAGCCAGAGAAUCAUCAGUUCUCAGUCUGUGAUGGAGGACGACGUGGAGUGAGCGCACGUCUUCACCUGAAGACUCAAGUUCAUUCCUUAUUUCUGAUCAUUUCCAAAUCUCUAGUUUGUUCCUCAGACGACUCCAGUUCUUUUUAUUUCCGACUCCCAAACAUCACCUUCUCUCUGAACUCUCUUGAACAGUUUUGCAGCAGAUGCUGGCCUUCUUGUGUAAAAUCCUAAUAAACCAUUUGCAGUC